AUGGCGGAGGAGGAGCUUGAGGCGCUGAGGAAGCACAGGCUGGCCGAGCUGCAGGCGAAGCACGGGGACCCUGGCGAUGCAGCACAACAGGAAGCAAAGCAAAGGGAAGCAGAAAUGAGAAACCGUAUCUUAGCCCAAGCUCUGGGUCAGUCAGCCCGGGCCCGAUUAAGUAACUUAGCACUUGUAAAGCCUGAGAAAACUAAAGCAGUAGAGAAUUACCUUAUACAGAUGGCACGGUAUGGACAACUAAAUGGGAAGGUAUCAGAACAAGGUUUAACAGAAAUCCUCGAAAAGGUAAGCCAACAAACAGAAAAGAAAACAACAGUUAAAUUCAACAGAAGAAAAGUAAUGGACUCUGAUAAAGAUGACGAUUAUUGAAUUUAAGAUGUC